CUGUAAGACACUGUGCCGAUGGCAAAGAUCCUCAAGCAUUUCAGCACCGUGGGUGAUGAUUAUCACAGGUGGUGGGAGGAGGAAGAGGAAGAUGAACACAAUGAAACUGUGGAAGUUACUGAACAACCAACCCUUCCGUCUGACUUCAGGGCUUCUCUCAAACGACUGUUCAACUCUGAUACGUUUCAGAUUACCAUCGUGUGUCUGGUUAUCCUGGAUGCAUUAUUCGUGCUUUGUGAAUUGCUGAUGGAUUUAACGAUCAUAAGGACGGACAAAGAUAAAAUAGCUCCCCAGGUGUUUCACUAUCUGAGCAUUACUAUCUUGGCUUUUUUUUUACUGGAACUGUUCGGCAAACUCUACGCCUUCCGCUUGGAGUUCUUUCGACAUGUUUUUGAAGUCCUGGACGGGAUCAUUAUCCUCAUCUCCUUCGUACUUGACGUUAUCUACAUUUCCCGGGAGGAUAUUUUCGAUGGCAUGGGAUUACUGAUCCUGCUCCGACUCUGGAGAGUGGCCAGGAUAAUUAACGGAAUUCUCGUCUCUGUGAAGACACGGGCUCAAAGGAAGGUAACAAAGCUGAAAAACAUUAAUGCUGACCUGGUGCGGAAAGUGGAUGUCCUGCAAGCUGAACGCACCGAGCAGGCGCAGGAAGUUGAACGGCUACGCAGAUUACUCCAACAACACUGGAUUAACAACCAGACUAAUUGAGAAAUCCCUUUAGGGCAAAGCAUUGUUUGAGGAACUUAAUCAGGAGUUAUUUUCGUAAAAUUAUCU